AUGACCGGCAACGACGGGGCCUCAUCGCACGAUGCCAAGCCCGCGACUACACAGCAGGCCAGCCCUACAGCGGACGGCCUCAAGAUUGAGCUGAUCACCGACAUCAGGGACUUGGCCCGCGCCUUUGACUGCACUUGCGAGGCAUUUGGCCGCCAGACAAAGGACGGCAUAUGGACGCACCUGAACCCUGGGUGGGAGACGCCCGAGGGGAGACAGAAAGCCGUGGACCUUUUGGAGAAGCGCUGGCGCAGCACGACGACCGAUGCCCGCGGGCGAGCCAACACCGUGUUUCUCAAAGCGACCCUCCCCGAUGAAUCUCAGCAACACCAGUCGGAGUCAACGCGCGUGCUCGCCGGCUUCGCCAUCUGGCUGCAGGCGUCGGCGGUCCCCGGCUACGGCGACGCGCCCGCCGAGGAUCUGCGGCAGGUGAUGGAUCUGGAAGCUAUGUACCCAGGCGACGAGCCUUCGCAACGAUACGCCUGCCAGAUCGACGCCUCUCUGCACCGCCAGCGGAUCCAGGUGAUCAAGCAUAAGGCCGAGACCAACGCCUCGCCUCCUGCCAUUAUGGUGCUGGAUAUCUGCUGCGUGAACCCCAAGUUCCAAGGGAGAGGCGUCGGCAAGGCCCUCACGAAGUGGGGGGUCGAUGAGGCAAGGGCUAGGGGCGGCAUCGAGGCCGUCACGGAGGCGUCUGUCAUGGGGAGGCGGGUGUAUGAGAAGCUGGGCUUUCGGCAGGAAGGACCGGAGAUUGUGUAUGAUGUGGACGCAGAGUUCGCCGACCGUGGCCUGCCGUCCAACAUUUUCAUGCGAACGGGACUUUUGUCUUAG